AUGGCGUGCUUCAGCUGCUUCUCUGGGCUCUUCUUCUCCGCUCGCCACAGCGACGCGGCCAAGCAGCCAGAGAAGCUGAAGGAAGACCCCGGCGCCGUCGUGGGCGGCGCGGUCCACGAGGAGCUGGCGCUCGCGGAGCCCGCGGAGGCAGCGGGAGCGCCAGCCGACAAGGAGAUGUGCAACGAGGCUGAGGAGACGUCGUCGACGGCAGCCGAGGCCGACCCCGAGCGCCCGGCCGCGCAGAGCCCUGGCAUCCAGCCCACGGAGCCCGAGGCGGCCGCGGAGCCGGCCGCGGAGGCUGCGACGGCGCCGGCGCACUUCGAGGGCUCGGACGCGGAGGACGGCGCGACGGGCAAGGCCGCGAAGGGCUGCUGCGUGCCGCGCGCCGGGCGCCGGCGCAACAAGAGCGCCAAGGCGGUGAAGCACGAGGCCCAGGAGGCCACCCCGAAGGAGGCCAACUCGGCGCACGAUGGCAGCCCGGGGAUCGCGGGCAGGACCACGGCAUCGGCGGGCGCGUGA